GUGCUGAGACGCCUAGAAUGCAGAAAAACUGGUAACUGCGGAUGUACCACUAUUUCGUAGUUUACAUCUACCGAGGGUCAAGUGCCUUGUUGCAAUAUAUACUUUUGCAUAACAGAUUAGAAGGCUUCGUCUCAACAGUGGGGGAGUAACAAGGAACAGCCCUUUUUAAUUUGUUAUUUGUGGGGUUUCACAGUGCUCCGAAUCAAUAUGAAGUUUAUUGCAUUAGUUUUGAUCGUUAACGUCGUAACAUUUGCAUAUGGACGAUUCGUAUCAAAGGAUAACUUGCACAACGACCCGUCCCGAACUCUGAAAGGGGUGAUGAAGUUCUACAAGGACCAGCCAAGGGUGACUGAUUCUGAAUCUCUGGAAUUUGACGAAGUAGAACCAGUUCGAUUGGAUACUCCAGUGGUCAAGGAUGAGGAUUUGCAACGGUUACAACAAAAAAAUGCUCCGCACAUUGCAUUUGAGCAGCCGAAACCUGAUGUCGAUGAACUCGAUGGGACAACUAUUUCGCCCUUUGGGAUCAAGGGCAGUCCUGAUGUAGAGUCCAUGCCAAAGUCUGAUUUGUACGGGGACGACAUGGAUGACAUUGAUGACUGUUCCGAGGGGGAUGUUAUGAAAGUGGUUUGCAACACGUGCGUCUGCAGCGAUGGAAAAUAUUUCUGCUCAAAACGAGCAUGUAAUGAACCAGAGCGACCACUUCCACCCACUGAAAAGGGAAGCUCUAAGCGGAAGGGGGCCAUUAUCAAGUACCAUUCUGUUAAAGGGGAUGCCGCUGCGGCUGCCCAAAAAGUACAACAGGUCGGAAAUUCUACGGAUCUUGAAACUGGAUCAACUGCAAAUUCCACUACGACUUUUAUAAUUUCCGAAGUCGAUAGUUCCCAGUGCAUUGACGGCAGAACCAAACCCGUCGAUUGCAACCAAUGUGUAUGUGCUAUAGGAAAAUGGGCAUGCACAAAAAUGUCCUGCAUUGCACUUACACUGCGAGAAAAAGCAAGCUAUAGUGGGGACACAUUUCUGAACUCAGUCGGGACCCUUAAAGAACAUGCCAAUAUUGAUGAGGAUUGCAUGGAAGGAGAAGCGAAACCAAUCGGAUGUAAUCAAUGCGUUUGCCACAUGAAUUCUUGGGCUUGUUCAGAUUUCACUUGUCCGUCAACUCCGGCUCCACCAAAACCUGAAACUGUCCAAGAGUCAUGUCAGACAGAGGAAGACGUCAAAAGUAAGGACUGCAACAUUUGUUCAUGUCGUCGCGGGGUAUGGGUUUGUACGGAAAAUGACUGUAAAAAGUUUGGAAAUCGCUAUUUUAAUCCUGUUUCUCAAAAGCAUCAAGAUAAUGAAAAGGAUCAAGAAUCAUGAAAAGAAUAAUAAUUUGGAAUGAAAUUUAACUUUUACUUAAGUUUUUAUUAAACUAUAAAAAUUAAGAAUAUUUAUUCUGUCUUUAACUGACAUAAAUAUAUACCAACCAGCGUCAAAUUUGUUAUUUUUGUAAUAAAGAUUUAAAAGAAACUUGAUACA